CACUCAACACCAGCUCCCUCUGCUGCUCUCUCACGGUCGCUAUUCCAUUUGCCGGAGCGCAGGCGAGACAGAGUGCACGGAGAUUUCUGUCCUGUGAGUUUUCCAGCUAAUGGCCUCUACUCUUUUUUUGACUGAGCUCUUUUGGCCUCACGUUUGCCAGCUUCUUUUCUCACCAUUGUGGCUAAGAAGGGGGCCAGCUGACAGUUUGUGAGUCACAAAGAGGAGAAGCGAACCCUUUUGGAAUUUUUCGGGUGCAAAAACAUUUGGCAGCGCUUUUUUAACAUGUCGCUCUGAAGCAGUGCUGUGGGACCAGACAGUGCUGAGGAGGAAGAGAGGAAGAACGGCUAUCCAGCAGCCCUGGUUUCAAACCUCUGCAGCACCCUUUGUGUAUGACAAUUCACUUUGAGCGCAGGACGGCUGGGGAGGGUGGGGAUUGGGGAAGGAUGAGCGCAAACAGCCCCUCUUGGGAGCAGGCUGUUCUCCAGCCUCCGGUGUGUGAUGCCUGGAAGGAGAUUAUGGAGGAAGCAGCCUAUCAGCUGGCCAGCUGCAUUGUCCUCCUGGGUUACAUGGGGGGAAGUGGCAUCUUUGGGUCCCUCUAUAUCUUCGGCCUCCUGGCCCCAGGCUACUUGUGCUAUGCUCUGUGGGGCUGGCUGAGCGCUUGUGGGCUGGAUAUCUUCAUCUGGAACAUGCUGCUGGUCCUCGCCUGCUUGCUUCAGCUGGCUCACCUGGCUUACCGGCUCCGCAGAAACACCAUCCCGGAAGAGUUUGACCUCCUCUACAAGACCAUGUACCUGCCCUUGCAGGUGCCCCUGGAAGUCUACAAAGAAAUCGUGAAGUGCUGUGAAGAGCAGGUCCAGUCGCUAGUCAGAGACCAGAAUUAUGCGGUGGAGGGCAAGACGCCCAUUGACCGCCUCUCAUUGCUGCUGUCUGGCAGGAUCCGAGUGUGCCAGGAUGGACAAUUCCUUCACUACGUCUUUCCAUACCAGUUUCUGGACUCUCCAGAAUGGGAGUCACUGCGACCCUCUGAAGAAGGAACUUUCCAGGUCACGCUGACAGCCGAGACCGAUUGCAGCUACAUCACUUGGCCCAGGAAGAAGCUGUAUCUCCUCCUGAGGAAGGACCGCUACAUCGCCCGGCUCUUCUCCUCCCAUCUGGGCUACGACAUCUCGGAGAAGCUCUACUCCCUCAACGAGAAGCUCUUCGCCAAGUUUGGCCUUCGCUUCGACAUCCGUUUGCCCAGCCUCUACCAUGUCCUUGGGCCAGCCUCCUCUGAGGGGGAGUCGGAGGACUGUGAGGAGCUGCUGCCUGCCUCUGGCCAGGCCAGCGUCUCUGAGCCGCAGCCGCCACCGCCGCCACUGCCGGCUUCACGCCCCCGGGCGUCCCGGCCUGACAGUGACCUGCUGGGUGAGGACUCCACCAGUCUUGUCUUGGAAGAUUUUGCUGAGUUGCCGGGGUCUUUUAUGGACUAUGUGAGCGAAGGGGAGUAUAUGAAGUGAGGGCACUCCUGGCACGGGCACACCUCACCCUGUGUGGGACCUUUGUCCUCCGAAAACCAUCUCCAGAGUUCUCACCCUCUCUGCAAAGGACGAGCCCCUCUGGCUCCCACUCAGACCCCCGAACUCUAGGGAACA